GGAAAAUGAAAAUUUUGGUAAAGUACUUCAUCCCCUGACAACAGUAGAAUGAAAAUUUGAUGAAUUUAUAAGCUCCUGAUUUGAAUAAUUGAAUAAAACAUGAAAUGAAAAAAGCUUUUAAACUUUAUCUCAUUUUUAUAGUUUACUUCGACCAAAGAUGAUUUUUUUGAAGUAAUUACCGUCGAUAAUAACUACUAAAACAAGGCUACAAAAAAUAAAUAAACACAGAAUUCAGCAAUCAUUUCCGUGAUCGAAAUGCAUUAGCCUCAAAUAAUUUAUCAAGAAAUAAAUAGAUCAUAAUUGACAUAUUUGUUAUAAAUAGGAGAACAUUUGGAAUAUUGACAAUAUUAUGUACCAAAAAUCAUGCAGAAACUAUACAUCGGAUUAUUAGUUGUUCUAACAGUUGUCGCGGUAUGUUUAGGACAUGGCCCAGAAUGCGACCUUUCAAAUUGUCGAGAGUGUCCGGAAAUAUGGUGUCCCCCAGACACAAUACUCGGACCUAAUAGAGCUUGCCAGUGCUGUCCGUCUUGUGUCAUUCCUAUCGGAGGAUGUUGUCCUUACUAUGACGAGAGACCAGAUUCUGGAGAUGUCGAUUGUAUAUAUGACUCGGUUUGUUGCGAUGGUAUCUGCUUGGAAGAGUGUCCGAAAUUAACAACUCAAGCAGCAACUAUGACAACUGCAGCAGCAACUAUACCAACUGCAACACCAACUACAACUACAGUAGCAGCAACGACAACUACAGCAGCACCAACUACAACUACAGCAGCACCAACUACAACUACAGCAGCACCAACUACAACUAAAGCAGCAACAACUCCAACUACAGCAGCAGUAACUGCAACUACAGCAGCAGCAACUGCAACUACAGCAGCAGCUAUUACAACUACAACGGCACCUACAACCACAGAAGAACCUUCAAGCACACAUUAUCAUGGAUAUGAUGAUCAUGAUGAUUUUCAUGAUGAUGAUCAUGAGCCACUUUUGGAUUUGGAUUUGGCUGCUUGGCUUGGCCUGUGAAAACAGAUUUUUUGGAAAAUGGUUAUUUGGGGGUUUCGUUGAUUUUUAAAUAAAGUUUGUUCUGGCAUAUUAUUUUCUAUUUUGUUUUUACUUAUUUACUUUGUAAAUCACAGUCAUUCAGAGCUUAAUAAGAUCUACAAAUGCAAAAAAAUCAAUGUAAUUUGCUC